GACCCUGAAUUCAUCAUUUGCGCACCUAUCAACUAUAAGUACAGGCCUAGAGACGAUAACUUGUUGGGUGUCAUCGCUACAUACUUCCACCAGAUCCUUGGUAGACGGCAAGAUCAAAUUCAAGCCCAACUGCCCGUACUGAUGCCACUAUGUGGAAAAGCACGCAUUUGCUACCGAGGGGACACGAUUCGCACUGUCUUUGCAAUUCGUCGACUGACACAAUCCUACAGAGAUAACACCUUCUAUGAGAUCCAAUAUAAUGACACAGGAAAUCGUGUCGUCAAUGUCAUAAGCUACGGUCGCCUCGAGAAGAUCAUACUUUGCAACUUGGAUGACAAGGCCAUAUGGGGGUCUCACCGGAAUUCCCUCCACAUCCUCGCAGUUAUUGCCCCCUGCGAUACAGAUGGGUGUGAUGCUUCACAAACCGUUGUGGAGUAUAAACAAUUCCUGCCAAUUAUCGUUAGCGAUGUACGCAAUAUAAAAGCCGCAGUGGGCAGAGUUAAUACACGUGGAAGGUGGGGUAUCAUAGAUCGUACCAUCAAUGCUGCCUGUGCAUCAUUUGCAGACGUGGAUGAGGAGUACAAUUAUAUUUCAGAUGAGGAAACAUAG